GCCUCGAAAGCCCUUCACUGGUCUUUACGUGCCAAACCCACAUGCUGCUUUGCUGCGGACCAUGGCAUCUACCCUGGAGAAGUUCAUUCAUUCUCUGGACCCCAGAGCCCUUCCCAGGGUCCUCCAAAUCCAGUCAGGCAUCUAUUUCCAAGGUUCCAUCUAUGAAAUGUUUGGAAAUGAAUGCUGCCUGUCAACUGGAGAAGUCAUUAAAGUUAUUGGCUUCAAAAUUAAUAAACUCAUAGCAAGUAUCUGUGAGAAUAAUGAAGUCAGCAGGGUUUCAGCCAAAGUGGAAUUACCACUAAAUUUUCCUGGUCUUUAUAAGGUUGUGGCAGAUAAAACUCCAUAUGGCAGCAUUGAAGAAAUUACAAGAAAAGUCUCUAUUGGGCCAACAAGAUUUGGCCAUCCAUGUUUCUACAGCCCAGAGGAUAUAAAAUUGUCAAACCUCACUAUCAAAAACGGUGAGCAGAUCACCUUCAACUCGGUGGAAGAGGUCAAUGGAACGAUGGCUGUAAACUGUGACGUGGUCAGAAAUAACCAGUCUCAUUCCUUUACUCUACCCCUUUCACAAGAAGGGAAAUUCUAUGAGUGUGAAGAUGACCAGAUAUACACCCUAAAAGAGAUUGCAGAAUGGAAAAUCCCUAAGUGCAGAAACCGGAUUGUCAAACUUUCCAAUACUUUACAUAUGUGGGACUCCUCUAAUCCACUUCCUGAGAAUUUUGAUGGCUGCUUGAUUCUCACUCCUGUCUAUGAAGUGCAGGCAGUAAUGCAAUUUCGAAAGGACAUAGUUCAUAUCCUCUCAGAUCUAGAUGUUGAGGUCAAGGAUAUAACAGACUGUUAUGAUAUUAGCUCUUUCCUUCAGCCACUGUCUUUGGAAGAUGUAUUUGACAGAACAAGCAAGGAAUUUCCUAUGGUUGCUGAGAUAAUGGAAGGGCCUUCAGGAAGCCAAAAAGCUUAUAACUUCUUGUAUAUGGGGAAAGAGAUCAUCAUCUACAAAAAGUACCAGGCAACAAGAAUCCUAGCCUCUGAGAUCAGAAGUGAUUCCCCCAAAAGACAUUUUUUAAUCCCUAUGAGCUACAAAGGAAAGUUCAAGAGAAGACCUCGGGAGUUUCCAACUGCCUAUGACUUAGAGAUAGCAAGAAGUGAAAAGGAACAGCUUCAUGUUGUAGCAACUAAAGCCUUUGAUUCCCCUCAUAAAGAGCUUUUUUCUGUUUCAGUUGGAGACCAGUUUCUAGUUCAGCAACGUCAGACUAGUGAAGUUCUGUAUGAGGAAAGAAAGAAAGUCAUAGACGUUUUUGCCUGUGAACAAAUACUAAGUGAUACGUACAAGAAAGUGCUCCUCCCUAUGUACAUGGAAGGCGACUUUGUGGAAGUGAUACAUGACAAGAAACAGUAUCAGCUUUCUGAGAUUUGCAAAGAAUUUCCUUUGCCUUUUAAUGUCAAAGUGUCCGUGAGGGACCUUUCUGUUGAGGAAGAUGUCUUGGCUGCCGUGCCUGGUCUGCAGUUUGAAGAAGAAAUCACAGACUCUUAUUUGCUGAUCAGUAGCACCAGCAGUCCAGUGGAGAGCUGGGAGAUUCCAGUAUAUCGCUUAAACAUGUCAGUCCAUUUGGUCAGCAAAGAAGUCCAGACAGUUGUACCUCCUGUGACUAAGACAACAGUGGAAGAGAUCAGCGAAGAGCAAUACUAUAUGGUGCGAAGAUACGAAAACCAAACCCUUCAUCCACCACCCAGGCCUCCCAAAAAGCCAACAACACUUGCACCAAAACCUGUUUUUGCAGUACCUAAGCAAGAUGUGUCUGCUGUACUACAGGCUCCAAAGAAUUUCUGUGUAGACACCACCAAGAAAUUGUGCUCAAAUCAAGCUGCUGAUGUUUCGGAAUUACAAGUUAGUUGUCAAAAUGAUUUGGUGCAUCAUGAGAAUAAGAAGGACAUGACUGGGAGAGCUACAUUAGUGGAAACCGAUGUGAUUAAAGGUCUCACAAAUAAGGCACUUGGAAAGUGUGAGGCGGAAGAGGAAGAAGAGCACAAAUAUGACUAUGUGGAUGAAAACAUAAUUGAAAACUUAAGAAAAGUAUUUCAAGACACCACUGUUAGAAAUAAGCAUGCACCCUCUGAAGGAAGAAGAGACAUCUGAAGCAAAAUAAUCCUGAAAUUAACUGGAAACAAAUAGGAAGCUGUAUCUUUCACAUAUUAAGAUCGACCGCAACUGUAAGAAAAAGCUGCUCAUGAAAGUGUCCUUCUUGUCUCAUGAAGAGCAUAUGAGGCUGUAAUUUAACUAUAAUAAUCCCCCAAGAAACUAAACUGCUUACUCGUCCUAAAUAAGAAGUCAAACCAGCUAAUGUCUCAUGACCCUUUGAAAGGACAAAGUUCUUCUCUACAUAUUUAUUCAUGACUUCAGAUAUUCAGAUGCCAAGUCCAAACCUUCAUUCUUAUUGCACCUGAAAUACCAGUUGAUUUUCUGAAUUUUUCUGAAUUUUCUGCUUUGGUUUUGGAGGAAGGAAGGGUAGAGAGGGGAAUGAAGGGUUGUGUCUAAGGUGAAUGUCCAUUUCUUUAGGCAGUCACACGUGCUUCAGAUUAAGGCUCAAAAUUGCAAAUGGCCAGAUUCUGCCACUCUUUCAGACAAUGAGCAAUGCUUUAUGGCACAAGCUGUUGCACCACCAAUAAUUCACCCUGGAAAGCAAUUGUACUUCUCCUAGAGGGAAGCGCUACUCAGAAGGACCAGAGAUGCCUAAAUUAGAUAGCAUUGCCAUCUCCAUAACCCCUUGCACAGCUUAAGUCAUCUAGAAUCACACCAGAGUGGUAUAUUUUGCUAUUGUGUUCAGCAAUUUGCUGAAAACACAGCCAGGAAGGAAGGACAGAAGCUGGAGUUGAAAGAGCAGUGUUCGUGCCAGCCCUCCCAACUCAGAAAAAGGCACACGUUCCCAUCUUAAAGAGGUCUGGGAAAAGCAGUGCUGAAGAGCUUCACCUGCACCUUGUGUGGUACCUCGUAUUCCCAGACAAACGUCCGGGGGCAGAUGCAGUCCCAGGUGCCUCUCUGCAUCAGGUGUGAAUGGCCAACCCUGCCCCACUGGAGAGAGGGCACAGGAAGAGCAACACAAUCUCUUCUCCUUUUUUAAACAAAACAAGUGUUUGCUUUGAAGGAUUUACUUUUACUUUAUAGUUCUGAAAAUGACAAAUGAAAGCCAAAUGGUUACAUGGUAUCUGAAAGGAUGCAAGACCUUGUUGGUCCAGAAGGAGGCACCUCCCUUUGUGCCCUGUGAGUGCCGAGCAGCGGCAGGGAGACGCUCUGCUUGCACAGACGAGCAUCUCGGAGGGCUCGGCAGUCAGCAUGUAAUCAGUGCUGAUAUUAGAGCUGUCGUAUGCCUGUCUGGGAUCGCUGUGUGCAAUCACGCACCAGCUGCACAGGCAGGGUGUGCUUAACAUCUCUGGGUGGCGGUGGACCUAGUCCUCGUGUUCUGGCAGAGUCUGAUACCCAUCAUUUAUGGCAUAUAAGAAUAAGAACUGGGCAGUGCAUGCACGCUGUGUACCUACAAGUGUUAGGUCUAGGGCAAGUGCAUAUCCCUCUGGCGGUGCUUUGGCUCUCAGGGAAAACUGUUAAGAACUGAUGUGUAAAUACACAGUUGAUGUGCCAAGAGUUUCCAGACUCAGAGCAGCUUAAUCAGAGUGGCAUAUCCAGAAAUCUCAGACAGCUGCACAAAUUAGUCAAACUUCCCAGACAGUUUUAGGGUGGAAAUAGGGUAUAUGUUUAUGUUUACAGAGCCUAGAUGUACCAUAUUUUCAGUCCUACUGAGGAGUUAAAAAGCAAAUGCUCACAAAAAUGCCUUAAUAUAAAGAAAAAGUCUUUUUGAGCAAACAGUAUAGUAUCUUCACAUUUGCCUAUUAAAAUUCUACUGAAUUAUUAAUUUUCAUUAAUGCAAAUUAAUUUAGAAUUUCUCAAUAUUGUCUCACAUUAAUUUAUUCAAUAUAAAUGUUCAUCCUCAUUAAAAUCAGUUACAAUUGAAGUGUUAAGAAUAUCGCUCAGAGUGCUUUGAUUCCAUGCAUAUGCAGCAUGCAGCAUUUUGCAUAUCACUAGUUAAUACUGAGGCUUGCAGGUGUGUACAAAACUUGUAACUGGCUGACACAUCACUUGUGGGUAUUUGAAAUACAUUUUAAGUAUUUUUCACAAAAAUCUGUAU